CCUGGAUUUAUUCACAAACAGGAUAUAAACAACUUCCUGCAGGAGCGUGGAAUAAGGAGGGACACUGAUGUUUGCCAACUCAGCCUCGCCUCAAAGGGCCCUAAAUCACCUGACCUGCCUGCGAUUACUUUGUCUUCACAACAACCAGAUCAGAGGACUGGAGGACACGAUGCACGAGCUCAGGAGGAUGCAGCAGCUCCGAUCUGUCACUUUUUUCCUCAAUCCCAUCUCCCAUGAACCUGGGUAUCGCCACCACGUGAUGCACUGCUUGCCCUCUGUUGAAGUCUUAGACAGGAAAGAGGUGAAGCCAGCAGAGAGGAGGAGGUGCUUCCAGAUGUACAACCUGGAUAGUCAUCGCGUCCUCCAGUCUGUGGCCUUUGGCAGACGAAUACAGUAGACGACUAGAGGAGAGGACAACGGCAACUGGCUUCUCAGAAAUUUGUGUUUCUUAUUUCCUCAGUCAUUACACAACGCAGUGUGAAACGUGUCCCACUGCAUCGCUUUUCUGUAGUUUGCUCAAAAUGCUCUGUUACCAUUAGUAUACUCUACCUGUGAAUAAUCCAGAAAAACCAAACAGGAUGUUCCUUUCAUAAUAAGACACUUCAGCUGAAUCGCAGGAAGAGUGAACCAAGACAGAAACGCCUUUGUUUUACUGGAGUGGCAGCAGAGGUCUUAGCAGCUGAAACACCAGCAUUUUAAACUGAAAAAAAAAGGAGGAAGGAUGCAGCUAGGGAUAUGAGGAAAAAUAUUGGGUGAACUGUCCCUUUAAGGACAAGUCCAAAAUCAUCAGGAAAGAAAUGUGGAUUAUUAAGAGGCCACUAUAUACUCAGUUACUACUUUCAUAUUUCAAGUAUUUACUUGAGCCUCAACAAUUACCAGGGUUAAAUCAUCACCUCUAUGAAAAAGAGGACAUGUUGCUGGGAUGCUGCGUUUAUUCUCUACAGAGAGAAUAAACAUCUGAGAUGUAGAAAAGAGAAGAAUAUGCUGGUAAAACAUGAAAAUCUACGGCCAAAAAAUGAUGAGGACGCUCUU